GAAAUUCUCCUGAAGAAAUGUCAACAAAUCAAGACCAAGAACAUUGACACUUAAAUCCUUGAACAUGUCUUACAUGAUUAAAUCAUUAUAGUAGAUCUAUUCUGAUUGAUCUCAUUCAGUUUGAAAAAAUAAGACUAUACAGCGGAUCUCACAUUUUUGUACAAUCACAAUGAGUAGUACAAGUCCUAGAGGCGAGGAAGGGCUUAUUGAAAAAUUUCCUCAUUAUAAAACUUACAAAGCUUGCCAGUCUCAAGCUCUGAUGUCGAGUUCUUUUGCGUUGCUUAUGGCUUCUAUGUGUAGUUAUCUAGCAAUGAAUGCUUUCAAUCAAAGAUUCAAACCGAAUAUCAACAAAAAUUGGCUGGUGGCUGGGCCUGUUCUGUUUGGUGUUUUAUCUGCCUAUGUCGUAGUACAGCACAAGACUACAAACUGCCAAAACAUGUGGAUGGCUAUGGAAGAGAAACAUUCUGUACUGACACCAGCAAGUGAACGAGCAGCCAUGAGAGAGAAAACAUAAGAUGAUCAACUAUUAUGUUUUAACAGAGCUCAUGUGAUUCAUAUGAUGUAAAUUUGUUAAUAAAUUAGUAAGUUUUAAUUGCCACUUAAUUUCAAUACAUGUGUAUUUUUUUUACAUAAACAUCUAAAUAAUCCUGUUUGUAUGCCCUUUGUAUUGAUAAUGUAAAUAUUUAUUUGAGAUGACAAUAGGCACAAGACAUUCACACAUUUUGUAAGGUUACUUUUUGUUACAAUUUAAUUUGGACACAUCUGUCCAAACCCGUUUUGCAAUCUAUGAAUACCCAAACACGGUGUCAUUGGAUUCUUCUUUGAAUUGCUUAAUUGUGUUUAGUUCUUAGAUGUAAAUAGGUGUUCAGAAUAUAUAUAAUAUACAGUUUGUACAAUAAAAUUUUUUUUAAAUGGCAGAAUUAGAUUACUUUAGCUUUCUUACACAAUUGUAAUGAAAUUUGAAGUUUUGUUUCUGGUUGACUAUAUACUUUAUGAGGUAAUAACUAAGUGUUAAACACAUUUAAAAUGUUAAAAUUUUUUUUUAAUGAAGUCACUGAAAUAUAAACUUGGUAAUAUUUUUGGUGGAAAAAGUUGUCAAUUGAUUUGUUAAGUGGUGGACACCCUGUUGAUGGAAAAAACGCCUAGCAGUAUAAGUUUAUAUUUGAAAAAAAAAAAAAAUCCCAUUUUCAAAUCUCUUUUUAUUAUUUUUAGUUAGCACAUUUGACAUUUGUAAAUUCUUUUUUGUUUUAAAUUGCUUUGCGAUAUUUUUUUUUUUUUUCUGUGUAAUAUCGUAUAAUGUAAAAUGACUUAGAGAUUUGCUAUGAUAGUUGAACAUCCAAUAUUAUUCUAUUUGGAUUUAUGUUUGACACAAUAUACAUCUCCUGAUGGCUGGAUUGCGAAGUUAUUAUGUACUAUUUUGAAUGAUUAUUAA